AUGGACGAGCUGGGCCUUGUGUAUGGCGUACUUAGUCAAUGCUCAGAUAUUUGCCGUUGGAAGGACGGUAGGGUAACGAAGAUGGCAAGCCAUCAUGGCCCCAAUGAUUCGACACGACGCGUGAAAUACCACCUCCAAAUCACCUCCAAAUCACUGCACCUUCCUUCUUCCACGGUGCUUGACCGCUUCAAUUACCUCUUCUUCAACACUUCAACACAUUCGUCUCGACGUCCUCACACAGCGGCCGCUUCUAAUUACCAGUGCUUCACAAGCGCACUCUCCGCAAUACCUGCACAUAGCCCUGCCCCUCACCCACUCUUCCUUGGCGUUUUAUGGCACCCGUCCAUAUCCUACAAGAUGCAACACUCCACCCCACCCUACGUCCAUCCGGACGACGAACCAAUUUCCCCAGCCUUCUCGUCAAUGCUACCCAAGCUCGAUGAGCCCCGACUAGUUCUGCCCGCGGCUAUGUCCACCGGCAAUCGGCUUGUCAACCUCUUCCUCAUUCCCUCACUCGCCUCUUCAUUGUCGGCGCAUUCUCGCUGCCUUCUUGCCUCCAUCCCGCUUCCCACCUCCCUCAGUUCCUCCUUCCUGGCUGCAUUCCAUGCCCACCUGUUCUAA